UUUUAAUUAAGAUAUGAGAUAGUUCGCAAUCUCUUUGUUCAAAGUAUCGUAGACACAAUUUACACAAAUACCAAAAUUCUAUUUCUCAAGUAAAUAGUUUGUAUAAAGUAAUUAGAAAAGUUAGUGAAUGUGCCAACAAUGGGUGAUUCAAUUACAGAAGGAGAUGUAAAAGAAUUGUAGAAGAGUAUGCUUGUUAAAUUUGAUAAUUAGAGGUUGGAGAUUAUGUGAAUUAAGAUGAUGUGAUUGCAUUGAUUGAAACAGAUAAAGUUACUAUAGACAUCAGAUGUGCAGAUUCUGGAGUGAUUACAUAAAUGUUUGCUGCUGAUGGUGCUAAAGUUGAAGUUGGCAAACCCUUUUAUGAAAUUGAUACUUCAGCUGCUAAACCAGCUGGUACAACAGGAACUCCAGAAACAAAAAAGGAAUAAAAGCAAGAAGUGAAACAAGAAUAAAAAUAAGAAUAAAAACAAGAAGCACCUGCAGCUUAAAAGAGUACUCCUCCUCCAGCUGCUAAACCUGCUGAAAAGAAACCUGUUGCUCCAUCUGUUACAACUCCUACUUAAAGAACAGAAAAAAGAGUAAUUAACUAUAAAUAUGAAUUUAGGAACCAAUGUCAAGAAUGAGAUAACGUAUUGCAUAAAGAUUAAAAGAUGCUUAAAAUACUUAUGCAUUACUUACAACAUUUUAAGAAUGUGAUAUGAGUGCUGUUAUGGAAGCAAGAGAAGCCAUGUAGAAAGAUUUCUAAAAAAAGCACAAUGUUAAAUUGGGUUUCAGUUCUUUCUUCAUUAAGGCUGCUGUCAAAUAAUUAUAAGAAUAACCUAUUGUUAAUGCAGUUAUUGAUGGCACUGAUAUUGUUUAUAGAAAUUACAUUGAUAUUUCUAUGGCUGUUGCUACACCCACUGGACUUAUGGUACCAGUUCUUAGAAAUUGUGAACGUCUCAGUUUUGCUGAUAUUGAAAGAGUACUAAAGAUUAUUAAAUAAUUAGACACUUAUUGAUCUAGCAGAAAAAGGAAGAUAAGGAAAAAUCUCAGCAGAUGAUAUGGUUGGUGGAACAUUUACAAUCUCAAAUGGUGGAGUAUUUGGAAGUUUGAUGGGAACACCAAUUAUAAAUGCUCCUCAAUCUGCUAUUUUAGGAAUGCAUGCUAUUGUUAAUAGACCAGUUGUUAGAAAUGAUUAAAUUGUUGCUCGUCCAAUGAUGUAAACAUUAUUUAUUAUAUUCAUAGGUAUCUUGCAUUGACAUAUGAUCACAGAAUUCUUGAUGGAAAAGAUGCUGCCACUUUCCUUAAGAGAUUAUCUACUUCAAUUGAAGAUCCAAGAAGAAUAUUAUUAGAUGUUUGAAUUAUCAAAUUUUAUACAAAUAAAAAUAGGUAAAUUAGAUUUUCUUAAAAAAAUA